GUCAUUUCCCCGUAUUUUUUUUUUAAGUUUACAAAAUCCCGUGGCUCUUCCUACAGUACAGAGGUUUAAAAGUGCGGCGGCCGCCGCCAUGUCCGAAGGGGACGGAGUGAUGAUCGCGCUUGAUGCUGAUACGUUGCCAGAGGCGCCGCUUGUUGGGUCGCGAAGGCUCUGUUUUGCAUCUGUGCUCUCGUGUCUGCUGCUGGCAUGCUCGUACGUUGGCAGCCUGUAUGUAUGGAGGAGCGACCUGCCCAGGGAUCAUCCUGCAGUGAUUAAAAGGCGCUUCACCAGUGUGCUUAUUGUGUCUGCCCUCUCCCCAGUUUUUGUGUGGACAUGGCGAGAAUAUACAGGCAUUAAGCCUGGCCCAUGUCUAUUUGCUUUAAUGGGAAUUCGUCUGGAGGGCAUUUUUUUUGCUGCAACACUGCCUCUGCUGCUUACAAUGGUAUUGUUUCUGGGCCCCUUAAUACAGCUGACAAUGGAUUGCCCAUGGGAUUUUAUCGAUGGCCUUAAAGUUUACUUUGAUCCAAGGUUCUGGAUGCUGUGCCUUUCAGACAUGCGGUGGAUGCGGAACCAGGUGGUGGCACCAUUGACUGAAGAACUGGUGUUCAGAGCCUGUAUGUUACCUAUGCUCAUUCCAUGUGCAGGGCUAUGGUCAUCCAUCUUUACUUGUCCACUCUUUUUUGGAGUUGCCCAUUUUCAUCAUGUUAUUGAGCUCCUUCGAUUCCGGCAAGGGACACUAUCAGGCAUUUUCUUAUCUGCAGUCUUUCAGUUUUCAUAUACAGCUGUUUUUGGAGCAUACACUGCAUUUAUAUUUGUCCGAACUGGACAUCUUGUGGGCCCAGUGCUGUGUCACUCAUUUUGUAACUACAUGGGAUUCCCUGCACUAAGUACAGCGCUGGAGCACUCACAGAGAAUCACUAUCUUCACUUUUUACCUGCUUGGCAUGCUGCUGUUCCUUGUACUUCUUUUCCCAAUGACAGAUCCUACGCUUUAUGGCAGUGCACCUUUGUGCAGUUUGGCUCAGAUGACCCAGGGAGGGGUAGGAACUUUGUGCUCCUGACGCAAGGUCUGUCCUUCGGUCUGAUACCCCAUUAAUGCAGCCAUAGCCAGCUCAGGGGCAGAGGACAAUAAAGCCAGCUUUUAAGCAAUGGAACUACAAUUUUAGUGAAAUGCUGUGAUUGAUAUAUAGAGUCUUCAGGGACUGAUGCCAUUCUUUUUUCCAGAUUAAAAAACAAACUUAUUUUAAAAUAUCUGUUUAAAGAGAGCUAUAUUUUGGGGGAAAACAUAUAUGCAGUUGACUGAGAAAAGAAGUGUUUUUGUGGUGUGGUACGGGGAGUGUGUUGUGUUACAGUAUAUUUAUUAAUAUCCCUAAUUUUAAACUUGGUUUAUUUCCUGUAAGGUUAUGCAGAGUAUUUUGGACAGGGUAUAUUUUUAUUUACAUUUAACCUCUUUUAUUAGGUAUAACAAGAUGUUUCUGACAUUAGUGAAAGGCAGCAUCUGCAUUUAUUGCAUAUUUCUUUUGACUGAAUUAUAGUGUGAUUACUUAGACUACAUAUUUUCCAUCACCUUGUUAGGAUGUGUCAUUUGUACCUUUUAAUGUUUCAUGUGAGAUCCCUUGAUAAGUGAGAAAGUUAAUUCAGAUCUUUAUACUGUGGUAAUCUGAAGUCUGUUAAAUAUUUCCAAGGAUAUUUGGAUUCCAAAGAUAUUUAUAAUUUAAACUUGCAGUAAAAUACUUGACAGAUCUUUUCAAUAAUGGCGGAGUACCAAAAUAUAAUAGUCAAAGGGCUUCCAAGAUGUAUUGAUUUAGUAGUUACUUCAGCAACUUAUUCAUUUUAUACUUCAUAAAUGAUCCCCUCUAAAAAUGCUUGCAAAGAAACAUUAAGCUACAAGUGACUUUGAAAGUUGCAUAUUCAUAAAGUCAUUUUGGAUGGCUGUAGUUAAGUAUAAUCCUGUUGUAAUUUUUGGUUAUUAAGUUGAAUUCAACAAAAAUUAUCAAAUAUAUCUGAGCUGAGCUUCUGAAAGGCUCAUUUGAAUAAAAAAAUACCUCCUUAGAUACCUAGAUAUUUAGAUUUCUUGAUAUAGUUUAGAAUAUUUCAUUUUUGGUAAAUUAAAAGGGACUACUGCAGUUUGCAUUACAAAAUAUUUUUCUGAAAUGUGCAAUUUUUGUUUUUAAUUUGCAAACUUUUUGGUAUUUAAACCUAGUCUGUAAGCUUUAAAUAAUAAUAAUAAUUCUUUACAUUUAUAUAGCGCUUUUGUUUAAAAACGGUGCUUAAAAUGUGUUGAAACAUUAAAUGUAGAAAAGCUAUACAAAAGUUGCCAUCCUGUCCAGUGCAGUAUUUAUCUAGUUAGUUAAACUUGUUUCAUCUUUUCACAAAUGUGGAGAUCUGUAAUGUGUAUGUUUUGACCCUUAAUUUCAGGUUAUUUAUUUUAAUCUAGUCCUAAUUUCAUUAUAUUUUUAUUAUUUCUGAUGCAAAAAUUGCAUACAUUUUUUAAAUUGCCAGUAUUUUGUUAAAUGAAAAUCAACAUUAAUCUGACUUUGCUCAGUGCAUUGCUUCAUUGUUUCCACAAGUUAAGAUUACUAUUUUGUUACUUUUUUACAUGCUUGCUUCACAAAUAUUGUAUUUUGUUGUUGCAGUAAGAACAUCAUCCAUAUGGUAGCAAUAAUAAUUUUCUUAUACUUUUCCCAAUGUAAUUUAUAAAUAGCUGAAACUUAGGACAGUUUGUAUUUUACUUCAGCUGACUGGUGUUUUGACACAGUGCCAUUUUACAGUUACUUUUUAGAUUGGACUAUUAACCUUUUAACAAACAUUUCUUUUCAUGUUACAUUUAAAUGCUUUAUAGUUAAUGGUGUAUCAUCCUUAUUUUAUGUUUUAGUCUUUCACUACUGAGUAUCCUGGAAUAUAUGGUAGGGAAAGUGCAAUUUUUCCAUUUGCUCAACACAGCAAUAUGUUAUUUCACUUAUUUUUCUGAAACGGAUGGAUUGUGAGUAUAGUGUGUAGUACUACAGUGAAUCUGAAUAUUGAUUAAUCAAUAUCAUUCUUGCCUCAGACUACUAGGUUAUACAUGUUUGCUUGAGAUGGAAAUUGUUGUCAUGAUGUCUUUUAGUUUGUUUGAUAUUUCACUACAUUUGAAAAUAUUUAAGCAAAAUGAUAGUUAAUAUUUUGAUGUGGCUUUGUGAAAGUGAGUAAAUAGAUUUGUACAAUUAUUUUUGGAGUGAUUGUCUGUGAGAGAGAGUGUUUGUUGGAAGUAAUAUUUAUCUCACUGUGUGAAUAAGUCAUAACUUCAUGGAAGUGGCUUUUGAAUAUUUUAAAACUGGCUGAACGGGCUUCUAGUACAACUUGUUCUAAACAUGCGCAUUUAUUCACCUUAAAGUUAUUUAUUUUGGAAUUAAUGAAAAAUAUUUUUGAAGGUUGCUGUAUAGCUAAUAUAGAGAGCAUGUAAUUCAUCCUUGUUAGUUUAACUUUCAGUUUAAUAUGCUGUACACUGAAAAUGCAAAUAAUGUUCUGCAUUUGUUCUGAAUGUUAAGUAGAUAGACGUAGGUGAUGCAUAGCGGCUGAAUAAGUCUGAGUAAUUAAUGUAGGGGAUUUCAAUAAAUAUGUACAAGACUGACAUUUUUCUGUUUCUCCAUUUUUAAAUUAGUUGUAAAGAGAGAGCACUAUUCUGGUUUGCAGUUGAGUGUGUUGUAUUAAGCUUGUUUGAUGGAAGUAAAUAAAUCAUUGAGUACAUUAGGAACCACUGCUUCUGGGCAGGAGUAAUGAAAAGAAAUAUCCAUUUGUGUACCAGCAAAACAGUUCCUUCAAUAUAAUCACUUAGUCGCUUGCCAGUUGGGAACUGCAACUAGAUAGUCCAUCAUAACCUUACACACUUGCUUCUCCAGUCACCACCAGCAACAAACAUCCUGCAUCCACAUUACUUUUCCCAAGUACAUGAUGAAAUUAGGAUAAUGAAAUAAUCUGAAAGCAUCAAAAUUAUUUUUUUUAUUCUUAUUACUUUCUUGGUAUGUGAUUGCUUUCUGAAUGUUUCCUUUCAAUUAUUUAACCAUCUCUCUUAAUUUAGUUCAUGGUUAAAAGGAGUUUGAACCUAAACUAGUAGCAGGUGCAAAGCAGAAACCAAUUCUAGUUUAGUUUGUAAAUUAUUGAAGAGACUUUAAAAGGUUUGUCUGUUUAGUUUACUUUUAAAAAACUGUGUAUGUGGAAAUGUUUUGUGAUACCUACUUUUAGAGCACCUGAAGCUAUAGCUUUCAUUAUUCAGAGCAGGAAAACAAUUGGGUAUUAGACUGUUAUGCGAACACCCAAAUACAAUUAUGAAAUUGAAUUUUUCUGGGUAAUAAUUUUAAUAAUAUAAGCAUAUAAUCUACCCCUUAAAGUGUUUAUUACAGUAAUUUCUCUAGUAAAUGUGAAAAAUGCAGGUUAUAAUUACAGUUAGACUUUUAAGUAUAUUAUUGUACACUAAAUUACUUAUUUGUAUUGAGUAAAAUGGUUUGCUAUUUAUUUUAUCUAGAGCCAAAAACAUAUAAACAAAACACAAUCAAUGUAAAAAAGAAAAAAGCAAGUAUAUACAGUACAGCAUGUUCCGAACACAAUCCAAACUCUGUACUCAACCCUCACUUGACUAACUUGUGUCAAGAAAGACCCAUCUAAAGUGUUUCUUUGUAUAGAAUAAAACGACAAGUAAAAUAAAGAAAUUCAGCACAGUCCUAGAGUGCUGAAUUCUUGCUAUAUUCUUAAAAACAAAUUGUGAAUUCAUUUUUGUAAGGAGAAUUCGAGUUUUUACCAAACUCAAAGUACAGAAUAUCACCUUCAAACUGAAUUUUGAAAGGUAGAUUUUGUUAUCUUUCACCUGAGCAUCAAAACUCUUCUUGCAAGUAGUGUGGUAUAAGCUAUCACAACAGAUUUGUUUCAUAGCACAGUAUUAGUCCAUCUGAUACUACCCUAAAUACUGCUGUUAGAUCCGAGGAGAAAAAGAUGUACAAACUUUUUGUCCAAAAUGGUUUGAGUGUAGGAAGUUCCCAAAACAAGUUUCCCAGCAAUGUGGGCACUUGCUGAUAUCAUUUAUAGGUUGGAUCGAGAUGUUCAUGGACAACGAUCAGUUUUUAGUUGAAUUAUAAAAUACUUGGCAUUUAUUGGAAUAUAUUUUUUGAAUUGUUGGAUUCCAUUCUAAAAUAGUAUCCUUUUUAUAAUUUGAUGUAAAUUAAUUACAUUUUUUAAAAAUUUAAUAAACUUGUAUUUGCAUGAUUUUUCCCCAGCAAAUUGCAGGUUUUACUCAGUCUAAGUUGAGUAAGUGGCCAUGUUGUCAGUUCUUGAAUCCCUUUGGGUCUACUUGGUCAUUACAGCACUAUAUUGCUUUGACAGUCUUGAGCUUCACUUGUAUCAUCAUGACAUGGUGUUCUAAGCCUGUACUUCAAGAGCUAAAGAAAGUGUUCAGAGUUUACAUCUGUUUUUUUGAUCAAGUAUCACUACUUUCAUACUAGUCUGGUUUAGAAAGAAUUUAUUUGAGAUUACGUAUUUCAUAGAACUCAUCUGAUUUAUUGAUGUAUUAGAAUUUAAACUUUUUCAUAUUUGGUGCUGCUUUAUUGCUUUCACACCCAACACUGUGAUGACAUACGAGUUCUACGACUUGGAUCUUCAGCUGUAACAUUUCACACAAAUUCAGGGAUGCAAAUGAGUUGUUCAUGUAGCACAUUUGAACUUCUUGUUGAAAAUGUGUAGCUUUUUUUUUUUUUUUU